AUGAACGACAGCUCCCUCCACCCCGCCCCCAAACCGCAAACCUCAUAUGCAAAGAGAUAUGUGUCGCCUGUUGCGAUGCUUUGGCUGUGAAGUUCUUCCUGACGGAGAAAGUUUCAUAGCAGACACGCUCCCUUCGCCCCCACAGUUCAGCCUCUCUUAAUGGUAAUCUCAAUAAAUUACCCAAUAGUAAAGUUUGGACCAUUUAACUGGGCACACCGAGUCCGAUGGCGCAGUGGACAAUACUGUUAUUUUCUCUAUACGGAGUUCUGAAAGGACAAGACACUGCAGAGAUUCAUCCUAUUGAACAGUGGUGUUGUCAGGACGGCAGGAAUCGAGCCCUAAAAGGACAAGACUGUACAAUCCUCCCCCCUAUCUCCGACUCCCUCACGUGCAGGAUUGCACAGGAGCAGUGUUGUACAGCAGUAAUAGAAAACAACCUUUGUCUCAACGGUAUCAAAAUGGCCCUGGGGCAAGGGGCCUGUGAGAAGCCCUUCUUCCCUGGAAAUCCCUGGGAAACCCAAAUCUCAAAGAUGUGUUGUGACUGCUGUGAACUCGGCCGGACUGCAGCAAACUGGGACUGGAACUGCAAGCUUCAGGGUCUGUUGCUGGGGAGACAGUGCACAUACACAGCUAAAAUCUGCUGUGGAAAAAACACAGUAGAGGAAGUUGAAGACUUUUACAUCACCACAUCACCAGUGACAAAAAUACCUCCAGCCAGUGUGACAACCCAGCCUCCAGAGGAACUGGGUGCCUGCAGAGGCUCCAAUUGCUCCCAGCUGUGUGUAGGUAAUGGCACAUGUUCCUGCCAUGACGGUUAUCAGCUGCAAAAAGAUGGGGUGACUUGUGAGGAUGUUAAUGAGUGUCUGACUGGCAGUCACAGCUGCAUCUUGGGCCAAAUGUGCAUUAACACAGAGGGCUCAUUUCGCUGUCAGAGGGAAAUCAGCUGUGGCACCGGGUAUGAACUCAGAGAGGACAACAGUUGCCAAGACAUUGAUGAGUGCGCUUUGGAGAUCCAUAAUUGUGGACCAGACUUUUCGUGCACGAACACAGCAGGCUCGUUCCGCUGCCACCCGAAGGAGAAGUGCCCACAUGGCUUCAUUCAGGAUGCUUUCGGCAGCUGUAUUGACAUCAAUGAGUGUCUGGCCCACAUGAGUCCUUGCCCACCUGGCCAGAUAUGUAUGAACACAGAGGGCUCCUAUACCUGUCGCAAGGUCACAGUCACCUGCGGACGAGGCUAUCACCUUAGUGAAGAUGGCACUCGUUGCGAAGAUGUUGAUGAGUGUCAUACAGGCAACGUGUGCGGUGAGCAUGGCUGUGUGAACCUGGUGGGCUCACACCGCUGUGACUGCAAACGUGGCUUUGCCUUCAACAGCAUCACCAAACUGUGUGAAGAUAUCAAUGAGUGCAGGUAUUAUCCCGGACGACUCUGUGCCCACAAGUGUGAGAACACAGAGGGGUCUUACCAGUGCAGCUGCACCACAGGUUUCAAACUGUCCCCUGAUGGCAGAAACUGCGAAGAUGUGAAUGAAUGUGAGGCCAACCCUUGUAACCAGGAGUGUGCCAAUGUCUAUGGCUCCUACCGGUGCUACUGUCGGCGUGGUUACCAGCUGAGUGACAUUGAUGGGAUAACGUGUGAAGAUAUUGAUGAGUGUGCUCUGCCCACUGGAGGUCAUGUGUGCUCCUACCGCUGCUACAAUUCUCCAGGAAGUUUCUACUGUGCCUGCCCACCCACUGGCUACACAGUUGCCCCCAAUGGACACACAUGUCAAGACAUUGAUGAAUGUGCAUCAGGAAGCCAUACCUGUUCUGCCUCUAAAACCUGCUUCAAUGUCCAGGGAGGAUUUCGCUGUCUGUCUGUUGAAUGUCCUCCAAACUUCCAGCAAGCAGCACAUGGAUCCAGAAGAGAUACUUCAUUCAGUGUGCGCUGUAUUAAGGCCUGCCAAGCUAACGACAUUGGCUGUGCUCUCAACCCUGUCCACCUCAUCACCCACAGUUUCCUCUCUCUGCCAGCCUUCAGAGACUUCAGUGGACCAGAAGAAAUAGUUUUCCUGCGGACAAUUACAGCAGCAAACCAUGCUCAUCUCCCUGGUGCUACUGAUAUUUCAUUUGAAAUGCUGGCUGCAGAUGACCAGGCCUCUUUUGAUGUGGUGAAGCGUUCCCAUCAGGGCACGAUUAUGGGUGUAGUCCGGCAGGUAAAACCUGUCACUGGCCCCAGGGAUCUUGUGCUGAAGGUGGCUCUGAACUAUAUCAGGUCAGGGGUCAUUUCCUAUCGCAAUUUUGUCAUCAUCCAUGUCUUCAUCUCUGAGUACUGGCUCUGAGCUGACCUAAGAAGUGAAUAUGCAUAGUCCAUUAGCAAUACAACACAUGACUUGGCAAUUCUGAAUAUCUGGAGAUGCCACAUUUAUUGUGUGAAUGUUACUUGCAAGAUUUCAAGUUUUUUUUUUGCAAGUGUUUCUGAUACACUCAAUUUAGUUGCUGUAGCAACCAACCAGCCAAGGUUUACAACGGGUCGCUGUCUUUUCAACACAAUAAACACUGUUAAACAAGAUAACAUUAUCAAGAAACUGGACCAAGAGGCUAUAGCCAUGAUAGCAGCAAUGUGAUGCUGUUCUUGGACACAGCAGUAUAUUAGUUAAAUGCUAAUGACAAUGUUAACAUGCUAAUGCUUUUUAUUUACCACAUUCACUGUCUUAGUUUUGUGUGUUCGGAUGCUACUAUUCACUAAUUAGCACAGAAUUACAGCUGGGGCAUGUGGUAAUGUUAUUAAUAUACAGCCAUAAACCAAAGUACUUAACAAAUUUAAAAUGUGAUCUGAUGGUGUCACUAGAUGAAAAGACCAUUAAUAUCAUCAGUAUUCAUCCUAUGGACAACAUGCAUGUACAGUAUGUAUGCUUUUUCAAUGAAAUCCAUCUAUUAGUUGUCAUUACUUCAAAUGUCAGUCACUAAUAAACAAAAAUGUCAAAAUGCUGGGGGUGCUAAAGGAAAAGUCUAGAGAUCACCAGAGUUAGUAAUGUUGAUCCUCUGGGGAACAUGCAAUACAUCUAAUAGCUGUUGAGAUAUUUCAGUCUGGACCAGAGCAAUGGAC